AUGACUUCUCUGCGAAACCAGCCCUCGCCAGAUGGCUCUCUCUUCCAGAAGGUGCAUGCACAUGUGCUGAAUCCAAAGUCAAUAACCAUGGGGCAGCUUUACGGCGAAUUUGAUAUGAUGACACACGAAUGGACGGACGGCAUCCUCAGCACCCUGAUCCGGCAUGGUGUAUCAGCGGGAGAGCUGGACAAAAGAUGGUACAUUUUUGAUGGGCCUGUAGACGCUGUAUGGAUUGAGAACAUGAACACAGUUCUCGACGACAACAAAAAGCUCUGUUUGAGCAGUGGUGAGAUCAUCAAGCUGACCGAAGAGAUGACAAUGAUAUUCGAAGUGGCGGAUCUAGCCGUUGCAUCGCCAGCCACAGUCAGUCGAUGUGGUAUGGUCUACCUGGAACCGGGCGGUCUGGGUCUACAACCGUUCAUAGAUUGUUGGGUAAGCAGGCUACCAGAUGCCAUCUAUGGAUACCGCGAGAAACUUAACCUGCUCUUCGCUACCUACCUUGAGGAAUCUAUAAACUUUAUCAGAACUGAAACAAAGGAGGUAAUUCCAACAACAGAUGGACAGUUGUGCUUCAACUUUCUUCGACUGAUGGAUUGCUUCUUCAAACCAUUUACUCCUACUGAGCAAUUCGUGCCAGACGAUAUCGUAGUGAAGAUUGGAGAGGCCAUUGAAUCAUGGUUUCUUUUCACUCUUAUUUGGUCUGUGGGCGCUACAUGCAAUAAUGAGGGCAGGCGAAAAUUCGAUAUGUAUCUACGAGCGAAGCUAAAAAAGAUGAAGGUCUAUCGACCCUUCCCAGAAGAAGGCUUGGUCUACGAUUACCGAUUUGAUGAUUCCGGAUUUUUCAACAUGGAGCAGAAGGAGGAAGAUGACGAGGAGUUAAAUGGACCAAAAGAAAAGAAGGUAAGUGGGAGUUACUCUCCUUGA